AUGGACACCAUACGAGCGGGAAUCCUUGAGUUGGAACGAUAUAGUGCACAAAGGAGACAUGUUAUUGAUCUACUUGACGGGAACGAACAGAUCAGUUUUAAACAGUUUGUGAACGAAGUGGUUAUGAAACGGGUCGUUAAGAAGCUUGCCAAACUCCGGGAUACCUUGAGCGAUAUGAAACCACGGGCAACUCUACCAACUGAACCUGAACGGUAUGUCCACAAUUUUUCGCGUAUAUCAGUAAACAGGGAUCUUGCUGAAGCUUUAUUGUUAGGAUUAGAUUUCUGCUCUCCGAAGCGUAAGGAUGAUCAACUGGAAAUAGAGGUUCAGCUUGAAAAUUUGCAUUCGCAAACAAGUACCUUGUCGGCUGUGUCAAAGGAAUCAACAGACGCUCUGAAGGCAACAUUACAACGAAAUCGAUCGUCAGACCGAAGUAGUAGCGAUGGGUUCUCCACUAGGACCCCAACGGCUGAUAUCUUCAUGGCCAAGCUGGAAAACAAUGGGCCCAGAACAACCAUAGAUAGUCUACCUUUUUAUUGUCGUUAUGCAGAUGACAUCUUCUUCUUGACACACGAGAAAAUCUCGUUGGAAAUGCUAUUGAGAAAAUUCAAUGAGGCGCACGCAGCUAUUACCUUUACAUCAGAAGUGGAAUCAGGAGAUACCUUCCAUUUUCUUGAUGUGAAUCUCAAACGACGUAGUGAUGGUUAUCUGAACAGAAGUGUUUAUCGCAAGCCAACAUGGACUGGGCAAUAUAUCCACUUCGCUAGUUUCGUACCACUGAAACGGAACCUUGUCCGUUCCCUCGCAGCCCGUGCAAGAUAUGUUUGCUCCGAAGAAAGUUUACCACAAGAAUUGGAGAAUAUAAAACUAACACUUGUAUCCAAUGGUUACCCGGAACGGUUCAUUCAGAAAAAUCCAUCUGAGACACCCAAGGGACCUCCUAUAACAACAGUGAAUAAGAAAGACUUAUACAUGCGACUCCCUUAUAAAGAGGAGCACAAAAGUGAGCUAAUCAUCCGACGCUUGGAAAGAGCAUUCGCACGCACAUUUCCCGCAGCACGUUUACGCCUUCAGUUCACCAGUCGACUAAUUAUUUCCAUGAAUCUCAAAGAUAAACGGCCUAUUUCUACCUUUUCUAUGAUUACCUACUCAUUUGUUUGCUCAUGUUUGGCAAGCUACAUAGCUAGAACCAUCAGACAGUUCUCCCAGAGAAUCAAGGAACAUAAACCAGCCUGGUUGUCUACUGGAGAAAGAAAAACCAUGACUAGUACCAUUGUCGAACACCUCGCCAAUAUGGGACAUAAUGUGAAUGAAGACGCUUUCAAGGUGAUCUACCGAGUGCCUCCAUAUCCACCUAAGGCUGUUCGCCAACAACAUCUAGCAACAGCCGAGGCAGUAGCCAUCCGUCUGUUUAACCCAUCGCUUUGUUCCUCAAAACGAUUCGUUAAAGAACUUCAACUGCCGUGGCCACAGAGUGAAUUCAGUUGCAUGGCUGGAGUUGACUCUUUCCAUGACCCGUUGACCUUUGCGAUUGACGUCGUACCCGAAACCGGUGGUGGUUAA